ACGAGACCGACGCAAGAUUAUUGUUGUUAUUAUUAUUAGGAGCCGUUAUCAGAGUGGGGCAGACUAGGAUGAAGAAGAUGAAGCAGAAGCAGCAAGCAUGGAAAGUGGAAAUAGAAGCCAAGAAGGCCGAUGGCUUGGCUUUCGGGCUCAAGGCAACCAAGGCCUUGCCGCCACCGGCGACUGCUGCUGCUCGCAAGUUGUUCCGAUUUUCACUGCGCCUGAAGCUUUCCUCAGUCGUCAUCCAUGUCAAAUCUAAACACAAACCUUCAGUCUGGCCCAACCCCCUCAAAUUCUUCAAAUCUAAAUUUGCGCCAAAGUUUAGCGACAAAUUUCGCGGAAGAACCAUUCCUGCUGCUGCUGCUAAGACAACUCUCAACAUCCCUCCUCCACCAAGAUGGAAGGCGAUGACUAUCAUCAAGGGAUGGGAUUGUUGUGGUGGUGGUAGCUCUUCCGCAUCGCUUCAAAAUCUUUACCUCUUGCGGCAAUCGAUAUCCCAGAAAGAUCAAAAUGGGAUAGUACUACAACUAGCAGUUAAUGUUUCGGGGUGGACAGGGCCUAUCAGAUACGUUGCUUCUUCAGUAUUCGAGAAUGAUGCGGGUUUUGGCAGAAAACUGAGCAUCAUACUGGUGUUGUUGCUGCUGGUUACGGUGUUUAUUAGUCCCUCCCUCCGUUGUGCAUCCUCUCUCUCUGUUGGUGGUGCGUUCGGGAUCCUUCAAAGCCUAGGCAUUAGAAUAAAGUCUUUCCAGCUGAACGUGCGUUCAUUUGCGGUUGAGAAUUCAGAUGGGUUGAUUUUCCGUUAAUUAAGCACCAGGAUACUUAUAAAUUAUUUUGACAAGAUAAAAGGAGUGUGACAAGUUUAACAGCAUGUUUUGGCUCCGUUUGGGUAGAGUGAUUCGUUUUAUGCUUCUGUAAUAGCUGCCGUGCUGUGUAAAAGGAAAUUUUACUUUUUCUACCGCUUGAAGGAUUAUUUGAGGAGGUUCCUCUGUUUUGGUUCCA